AUGUGCACAGUGCACUGCAUCCCUGACCUCCUCAGGUUGAGGCCCAAACUCCACUGCUCCCAUGGGUGCUGUGAGGUGUUGUUUUGGGAUGGUGGUCCUGAGGGGGAGGGGGGGGCUCAUCCCAACACCUGCUGGUCUCAGGGGGAGGGGCAGGGAAAGUGUAGGGGGAGGGGUGCGUGCUCUUUGUAUACUCAUGUUCUGGAGCUGGGACGGAGCGCAGACAGCUUAGUUCUGCUUAUUAAAGCUGUCUUCUUCAAACUGAAAGGAAAACCUGUGCGGCGGUUCUCUGCGUCCACAGCCGACUUUGAGGCCGACACGAGCGGACACGCCGUUGCCAUGACGACAGACGAGGCGGAAAGCCAGCAGAAGAAGCCUCGGCAGCAGCAGGAGGAGGGGGGUCAGGAGGAGCAGCCGCCCUCCCCGGAACACGAGCACCUGCUGCGGGCGCGCAACAGGAGCUCCACGGGCCGAGGCCUGUCCCGCCUCUUCUCCUCGCUCCUCAAGAGGCGCUCCCAGUGCGACAGCGACUCCCCCGACAAGGAUGGCCCGGCCCAGGACGAGGCCAAGGCCCCCAUUGCCCUGGCAGACCCCGAACUGAGGGCCGAGCCCGAGGGAGAGGUCCCGGAGCCUGAGCAGGAAGUGACCUGGAUGGACAUGAACAAGGAGAUCCGCAGACAGGUGCACGGAGCAAACUACAACUUCACCUUCAACGUCAAGUUCUACCCCUCAGACCCGGCCCAGCUCACCGAGGACAUCACCAGGUUAACCUCCACAGAGAUGGCCACCACCCCCAGAAAGUUCCUGGCUCUGGGCUCCAAGUUCCGGUACAGUGGGCGUACCCAGGCCCAGACCAGGCAGGCCAGCUCCUUGAUCGCCCGCCCCGCCCCCGCCUUCCAGAGGACAAACAGCAAGAGGAACUCCCGCAGUCUGGACGGAGCCAUGGCCUCCACUCCAGACAACAAGUCGUCCCGACCGGUCAGUGCGCCCGUCAUGUCCCCUGUGUCGCCCGGUGAAGCCACGCCCUCCCCGCUCCUGCCCGCCCUCCGUCACCUUGCUGACCAGCUCGACGGCUCCACUCCCAAGAGCCGGCGCUCCGCUGACCGCAGGAACGAGGUCCGGACCGACCGGCACUCGGACUCAGCCAGGAGCAGUCCCAGGCUGGACUUCACCCCCGAGCUCAAGGAAAGAGAGGAGGCACUCCCCCUCCCAGAGCUCUGCCCCCAGAGGACAGCGGGACAGGACACAGGUUUGUCUGCCCUCGAGACGCCUGCAUGA